GUCAGCCUGCGAUACCGUAAAGGCAAAUCUCUGCACAAAUCAAAAGCUUGUCGCCUCGAUGUCGUGAAGGAGUCCGUAGGAGUGUCCUUAAUUGAUAUUUGGAAAUGCAAACGCGCCGGUGCGUGUGCUCAGUGCGGGCCAUUUGGAAUCCGCCUUCUGUGCUCGCACUUCACUGCUGCGCUUUCCUUCGCCUCUCCAUUCCUGCGCAUUCCAAGAAAGACAGGCGCCUGUUCACCGACAAAACCCGCACGGAGCCCGAGAGAGCGAACCGACCGGCCAUCGGCGACUCGCACCCCUCGGCCACCCCGCGGCCGUGCUCCGGUGUCACUCCUGGCUUCUCGUGGGGCGUCGCCUCUCUUCAAAGGUGAACUCGGAAAGCAGGAAACUGGAGACUAACGGUGCUGCAGCACUGGGUGGGCUUACUGGAAGGAUGAGGCGGUAGGGAUGCCGGGGUCCCCAAGUAUUGCGACUUGCAAGUUUGGUGUCACUUGGAAGACUGACGUGGCGAAGACGUCCGAGUGACCGAGUGAGUUGGACGCCAAUGUCGCUUACACACAGAAGGCACUAAAGAUUUGUCAGCAUGGAAAACGUAACAUCUCCUCAAGAUAACCAGACGGCAAAAGAGUGGGCAGAGCCGAGCACCGAAUACAAGGUUGCGAGCACCCUGCUGGUCAUCAUCAUCUGUGGGGCGGGCAUAGUUGGCAACAUAAUGGUGGUUUUGGUGGUCCUUACCACCAAGCACAUGAGGACGCCUACCAACUGCUACCUGGUGAGUCUAGCGGUUGCCGACCUCAUGGUUCUGAUCGCGGCGGGCCUGCCGAAUAUCACCGAGAGUAUCUACGGGUCCUGGCUCUAUGGCUACGCGGGAUGUUUGUGCAUCACGUAUCUGCAAUAUCUGGGCAUCAACGCCUCUUCUUGCUCAAUCACUGCCUUUACAAUUGAGCGCUACAUAGCCAUCUGCCACCCAAUCAAAGCCCAGUUCCUCUGCACGAUCUCCAGAGCUAAGAAGAUCAUCGUCGUCGUCUGGACGUUCACCUCCUUCUACUGCAUCAUGUGGUUUUAUCUGUCGGACACCAAGCAGCUCCGAUACGCCAAUGUGACGGUCGUGGUGUGUGCAUACAAAGUGUCUCGUAAUCUUUACCUGCCCAUUUAUUUCUUGGAUUUUGCAUUGUUUUAUGUGGUGCCGUUGAUGGUGGCCACAAUACUUUAUGGACUCAUUGCAAGAAUUCUGUUCCUGAAUCCUCUUCCCUCCGAUCCGAAAGAAAACACAAAAAAGUGGGGGAACGAUGGCGGAGCCAAGGCUUCAAAGCCUAAGUCAUCGAGCAGGUGCUCAAGUAACACGGCGCUGUCGAGGAGACAGGUGACGAAGAUGUUGGCUGUGGUGGUGAUCCUGUUUGCUCUCUUAUGGAUGCCGUAUCGAACGCUGGUGGUGGUCAAUUCUUUUCUGUCCUCCGAGUAUUCAGACACUUGGUUCAUCCUGUUCUGCCGCAUGUGCAUAUACCUGAAUAGUGCCAUCAACCCGGUCAUUUACAACGCCAUGUCUCAGAAGUUCAGGGCGGCCUUCAAAAAGCUCUGCAAAUGUAAGAAGAAGCACUCGGAAAGGCCGGCCAACUACAGCGUGGCUCUUAACUACAGCGUCAUCAAAGACACGUCCAAUGGAGAAAGUCCCGACCACUUCACCACAGAGCUCGAGGACAUCAGCAUCACCAAGCACUUUCUUCCUCACAAGAAGCUGUCCUUUGACGAGUCGAGCUCAGCCGACAAGGUGACAUUCAGCAAUGUGUGACUUGCAACGGUGACUUGGGGUCAGUGAUUUGUGUGAUGUUGAGCAUUAAAUAAAAUCCUGUGUAGAAUUCAUGUUACGUAGGCACUGCUGACGUAGUGUAGACCCGAGCACAUGGUGCCUUUGCACAGCUUUGUGAUUUAGUAAAUGUUUGUGGUGGAAUUUACAUGUUUGAUCAGACUUGGAGCUUAUCUGAUGCCUUGUCUCUCUUCUUCUGUGUUUGGAAGACAUGAAGGACCGUGAGGGAAUCCCUGCUUCCACUGGGCCAGCAGCUUCAUCCAUGGACUGCAACCUUAGGUGGGGGACAAACGUGUCAUACGUGUCCAGCUGGCAGGUUUAGAAAGGUCUGGAAAGGUCAUUCUGCUGACACAAUGGUGACAAAAGGAACCACAACAGCAAAAAUCAAUCUUAACGCGAAGAAGAAUUUUAUAUUUAGUUUGAGUCCAAAAAAACAUUCAGCACAAUCCACCAUCAGGCUCUGCUGGGAGAUCCACAAGCAAAGUCCAUGGAGAUAAAUGCAGCAGCUAGUCUGGGGAGGAAACGCAGUCCUACAUUUGAGAGAACCAGGAGAUGAAACGAUGAUAUCAGGAACUUGAAAUGGGUGACGGUUAGGGAGGCCAGCGAACCAGAAAAUCAAAGUCAGCACCAUGUGGGAGUCUUCACCUCUUUACACUUUUCUUCUCUUG